UCCGGGAAAAUGGCGGCGGCGUGGGGUGCCGCUUGGGCCGCUCUGGUCCGCAAUUGCGGGAGGCGCGGGGCGCUCGUGCUUGGCAGCUUCCGAGGGCGCAAAGGCUGGACGGGACCGUGGCUCGCAACCGCCUCCCUGCUCGGAGGAGGCGCCUUGGUGGGCUCCUGCAGAGGGUGGAGCGGGCGGGAGGGGACCGGCGGCUUCUUCCUGGUCCUGGCGCAGAAGGAAGAUGCUGUGGAUGAAGAGAUGGCAGAAAAGCUUUCCAUUCGAAAGCAACGUUUUAUGAAAUUUGCUUCUUUGGAGUAUGGAGGAGAAUAUUACAUGACUCCAAGAGAUUUCCUGUUCUCAGUUAUGUUUGACAAAUCAGAGCGUAAAACUUUGGCCAAGAAACUGACAAAAAAGGAAAUAGAUUCUACCCUAGCAAAUGUUACGAAGGCUAGACCAGGACCAACCUUUUUUAGAGAACUUGGAGACAGAGGAUUGAUUUCCUACACAGAGUACCUCUUUUUGCUGACAAUACUCACAAAACCACAGACUGGAUUUCAGAUUGCUUUUAAAAUGUUGGAUGCAGAUGGCAAUGAACAAGUAGAGAAAAAAGAAUUCUUUAAGCUUCAGAAAAUAAUUGGAAAGCAAGAUGAGUUUAAAACAGCUUCAGGAGAUGACAUCCUGUCUCAGGAACCAGAAAUGGAAGGUGCUGAUAUCAACACCAUGUUACUGGUCCACUUUUUUGGAAAGGGAGGAAAAGAUAAACUUCAGUAUUCGGAAUUCCAAAGAUUUAUGCAGGAUUUACAAGCAGAAGUGCAAGAAAUGGAAUUCAAUCAGUUUUCCAAAGGCCUGACCUUCAUGAGAAAGGAAGAUUUUGUAGAGUGGUUGCUGUAUUUCACUGAUGAAGAAAAUAAUGAAAUUUAUUGGCAAAAUGUGAAAGAGAGAAUCCAAGCAGGAGAGAGUAUCAGUAUGGAUGAAUUUAAGACUUUCUGCCAAUUUACAAACCGUUUAGAAGAUUUCUCAAUUGCUCUGAAAAUGUUUACUGUAGCCAGCCGUCCAGUUAAACGGGCGGAGUUCAAGAGAGCUGUGAAAGUGGCUACAGGGCAGGAGCUCUCAGAUAAUGUUUUGGACACCAUCUUCAAGAUCUUUGAUUUAGAUGGAGAUAAUUGCCUCAGCCACGCAGAGUUCCUUGGAGUCCUCAAAAACAGGAUGCAUCGUGGAUUAAGGGUGCCUCAGCAACAAGGAGUCCAAGGUUACUGGAAAUGUGUGAAACAAGAAACCAUUAAAGGAGCAAAAGAAGUUUGGAAGCAAACUGGGAAGAGUCCUUUUUAAAUGUAUUUGUAAGAUCGUUUGUGACUCAGCUUUCUGAUUCUGCUUUGUUUUUCAUGUAUUGGUUUACAGAUUGGCUAUCCUAGACGAAGUGCAAUCAUUUAAUACCAUUAAAUAUCGGACACUUCCAUUAUUUGAUUUUGAUAGUGGUGGGCAUGAAAAAAAAAAAUGCGUUUUGUGUUUCGGAAUCAUUCAGGGGUGCUGCAGUUUGAUAGAACUGAAACCCCCAAAGCACUUUUGGUUGUAUUUUAACUGAAACAAAACUGGGAGGCGCUUUCUUAGCUUGGCCCUCUUCCCCUCCUCUAGCAAAUGGCUCCUCUAGCAAAUGGCCCAUCUGUUGCUCUUCCCAGCCCUUCCUGUUCCUUGCCCUUAGCUGCUGAUGUCCUUGGCUUCAAUCAUGACAUAACCACCAGCCCAAAUCAGUACCAUAUCUACCUUCCUUUCCUCCCUUCCCCUUUGCCACUACCAUUUCCAGCUUGCUUGGCUUCAAAUGCAGCAUAUGCAAUUGAUCCAUCCACUUUUUAGUAUCCACCUUCCUUUCCUUGCCUCCUUUGCCUGCAACCUCAUUGGCCUUUUCCUGCUCUCUCUCUCUCUGUCUCUCCCCAAAGCAUUUCUCUUUUAAAUAUGCUAGUUUUGAUCCUGUGGCAGACCACCUGAAACUAGUCCUUCCAUGCAUAGAACACUUUGCACAUCCCUACAGCAAUAGAAUUUGCUUUAGGAUUAUUUUGGAUGGUACUCAUGUUCUCACAGAUGGAUAGUUUUCCAGCCUAUCUGGAAUUUAGUACAGAUAGUCCUCAACUUACGACCAUAAUUGAGCCCAAAGGUUCCAUAGCUAAGCAAAACAUUUGUUAAGUGAAUCAUGCCCCAUUUUACAACUUUUUUGCGGCAGUCGUUAAAUGAAUUGCUGGAGUUGUUAAGUGAAUUGUGUGGUUCUUAAAUGAAUCUGGUUUCCCGCAUUGACUUCACUUGUCAGAAGCCAGCUGGGAAGAUUACAAAUGCUAGUUGCCAAGUCCCUAAAUUUUGAUCGUGAGGAUGCUACAAUGGUCGUAAGUGUGAAAACAGGUCAUAAGUCACUUUUUCCAGUGCCGUUAUAACUUUGAAUACUUGCUAAACAAAUGGUUGUUGCACUACUGGUUCGCUAUCAGUAGCGUGCACGGCACUUCUGCGCAUGCGCGGAGCAUUUUUGAUGGUGGGUGGCCGGAGCUUCCCGCCACCGCCACUACUGGUUCGGCCGAACCGGGGUGAACUGGGAGCAAUGCACCACUGGUUGUAAAUCAGGAAAUAUCUUUUAAAGGCAAGUUUCAUAGCACACAUGGGAACAUCCCCAUUUUUAAGAAUUAAAGGAAAGAAAAGUAUGAAAAAUACAACAAUGCAAUGGAAUGCAAUGGAAUUUUUACAAGUUUUUGAGCUUUAAAUAUCCAAUAUAAAUUCUAGGUAAGAAAUUAGUCAGCAAAAGGUAUUCUUAGAACACAGAACCUUAUAGACAUUUGAAAAUAUUUUUGCAUUUGGAGACCAGUUUUUAUUACAUUCUUCAUGUAUUCUGUACUUUAUUCUGUUUGCACAGGGGUUUGCAUCUUUCACUGUAAGCUGGAAAUACCAAAAUGUUUACAUAAGCUGGAAGAUUGUAAAUUGCACAAGUGUACAAAGAUUAGAAGCUAAACACAGUGAAGUCAUUAAAAGAAAACGAAUGUUAGCAUUAUAUAGGUACUAUAUAUUGAUUUGCCUACUGUCAAGUUCCAUCACAUCCAUUGUUUAAAUCCCUGACAACUCUCUGUAAUAAUUGCUUGACUUGAGCUAUGAAUGAAUAUUAAUAGCAUAUUAUACUUCCGGUGUAGUAUAUAGGCUAAAGGUUGGAUUAGGACCAAGGAAGCCUUCAUUCACAGUUUUAACAUUUAUUGGGCAACUUUGGGCCAAUCACUUGUAUUUAAGCCAGCCAUUUUCAUAGGAGAGUUGCAAUGUUGUUAAAAUGACAGAAGAGUCAUCUCUUCAUCUCCCAGAGCAAAGAGAGGAACAUACAUGUUGAAGUGACUGUUUUUCACUCCACUAACUUUCCCGAGGCUGGUCAUGAAAAAUUCAUUUUUUAAAAGCAUGCAUCUACAUAAGUUAUGUUUUCUGCCUGACCGCCACAGAAUAAAGUUUAGUUUUUAAACAUG